AUGACCACCUGCAGCCGCCAGUUCACCUCCUCCAGCUCCAUCAAGGGCUCCGGUGGCAUCUGUGGUGCCUCCAGCCGUGUGUUCUCCGUCCUGGCCGGAGGCUCCUGCCAGGCCCCCAGCGCCUACGGGGGCCUGUCUGUCUCCUCCUCCUGCUACUCCUCUGGGGGGGGGGUCUGCGGGCUGGGGGGCGGCUAUGGCGGUGGCGGCGGCUUCAGCAGCAGCAGCAGCAGCUUUGGCGGGGCCCUGGGUGGUGGCUUUGUUGGAGGAUAUGGUGGCGGCCUUGGGGUCUGCUUCAGUGGUGGCGAUGGCAGCCUCCUCGCUGGCAACGAGAAGAUCACCAUGCAGGGCCUCAAUGACCGCCUGGCCAUCUACCUGGAGAAGGUGCACGCCCUGGAGGAGGCCAACACAGAGCUGGAGGUGAAGAUCCGUGACUGGUACCAGAAGUAGAGGCCCAGGCCUGCUUGUGACUACAGCCCCUACUUCAAGACCAUCGAGGACCUGAGGAACAAGAUCAUCGAGGCCACCGUAGAGAAUGCACAGCCCCUUCUGCACAUUGGCAACGCCAGGCUGGCGGCCGACGGCUUCAGGACCAAGUAUGAGCAUGAGCUGGCCCUGUGCCAGGGCGUGGAGGCUGAUAUCAACGGCCUGCACAGGGUGCUGGAUGAGCUGACCCUGGCCAGAGCCGACCUGGAGAUGCAGAUUGAGAGCCUGAAAGAGGAGCUGGCCUACCUGAAGAAGAACCACGAGGAGGAGAUGCUUGCCCUGCGGAGUCAGACCAGCGGGGACGUCAGCAUGGAGGUGGACGCCGCCCCUGGCGUGGACCUGAGCCGCAUCCUGAAUGAGAUGCGUGACCAGUAUGAGCAGAUAGCAGACAAGAACCGCAGAGAUGCUGAGGCCUGGCUCCUGAGCAAGACAGAGGAGCUGAACAAAGAAGUGGCCUCUAACAGCGAGCUGAUGCAGAAGAGCCGCAAUGAGUUGAAUGAGCUCCGGAGGGUGCUCCAGGGCCUAGAGGUUGAACUGCAGUCCCAGCUCUGCAUGAAAUCAUCCUUGGAGAACAGCCUGGAGGAGACCAAAAACCGCUACUGCCUGCAGCUGGCCAAGAUCCAGGAGCUGAUCUACUGCGUGGAGGAGCAGCUGGCCCAGCUGCGCUGUGAAAUGGAGCAGCAGAACCAUGAGUACACCCUGCUGGACGUGAAGACACAGCUGGAGCAGGAGAUCGCCACCUACCGCCGGCUGCUGAAAGGCGAGGAUGCCCAGUGA